UGUACCGAUUCGGCUACACCCUUACCCUAUCCGUGUGAGCGUGACAAUAUUCUUCGUUUAACAGUGAUUUUCGCCAAUAUUUCGUACAAGGUGCUUGAAUUUAUUGACAAUGGCCAUUAAUCUAAACGAUCGAUCAUCGAUCGACACCACGUUACACAGAUAGCUGUCAGAUGUGCCGGGAGAGUAUGUUGUGCUACUGAGGACCCGUCAAUCAAUUUAGUAAUCUUUGUUGCAUAAGAUUGAGUACCAAUAGAUAAAAAAUAAACCCACACAGUGACAUAAGACUAUGGGCUGUGCAAGCUUUGGGUGGGUUUCAGUGAUCGUCAUUCUAGGCAUUCAGAUUACAGCAUUACCUCACCUGCUGCUCAUCUAGGCAGAUGAACAGAUCGAUGUGGUGCACCUAAGAUAAGUUAGAUCUUUUUACACCAUGGCUUUUCAAACUAAACUGAAUGAAGCUAUCCAACAAAAAGCUAAAUGUGAACUAGGGGAGGAUGAAGACAGGCGAGAACAGGUCAUCCAAAUUAUUCGCCAAUGGUUGAUACAGCAACCACAUUUGCAUCAGAUACGCUUAGAUGAUUACAGCAUUGUGUGUUUUGCUCGUGGGUGCAAGUACAGCUUGGAAAAGAUAAAGAAUAAAAUUGAUUUGAUGUUCACAUUGCGGACGGCUUUGCCGGAAUUCUUUUCCGGGUGGGAUCCAAUGAAGCCGGAAAUUCAAGCUGCCCUUGCAUGUGGUUCAUUUUUACCACUACCUGAUUAUGAUCAGCAUGGAAGAAAAGUGAUUGUUAUGCGUCCUGGAUGUUAUGACCCUUACCGUUUCAAACCCGAAGACAUCGAAAAAGCCAGUUUCAUGAUUUCUGAAAUCAUGGUGCUUGACGAUGAACAGAUGUUUGUUACUGGUAUGGUGAUCAUCUAUGAUUGUCAAGGCUACACACUGAACCACCUUACACAGAGGCCACUGUCCUUGACGAAAAAACACAUGUAUUAUUUACAGAGUGCGCCCCUAAGUCCUAAAACUAUCAACUUUAUUCGAACUAACUCAGUGUUUCAGACGGCCUACAAUGUGAUGUCUACUAUGGUCAACGAGAAAAUGAAACAACGGUUAAGGGUCCACGGUUCGAAUUUGGAGUCACUAUACCAAGAGGUGGACCAAAAGGUUCUUCCAAAAGAUUUUGGAGGCGAGGGAAUUUCUCUAGAAAAGCUGACAGAUUACUGGAAACAAAAAGUCGAAGAGAAAAGAGAAUUCCUAAUUGAAUCGGAGAACAACUGGCGUGUUGACGAAUCACGGCGACCCGGUAAAGCAAAAACCACCCAGGACAUUUUUGGCAUCGAAGGAUCGUUCAGGAAGCUUAAUGUAGAUUAACAUUUUCCUUCUUAAUUAACGGAAAUGUCAGUAUAUGAAGAAAAAUUCAUAUUUGGUUAUGUUAAUCUAUAAAUUAAGGUGUCGUGGCAAGUGCGUUUGUACACAUUACACAAGAGAUGAAUCAAUAAUAUUAUCGUGCUAGUUGAAAUA